CCCGAGCUGUGACGAGGCCUGGAAACUACGAGCGGAAAGGAAGAAAUUAUUUUAUAUCUUGUGUGUGUGUCAGACGAAAAAUUGUACCCGACGAGAAAAUAUGGAAGGUUCCCGAAGAUAAGACUAUAACGAAAAUUCCAUAAAAGAAAGACAUUGAGUUUUUAAGAGUGUGAGAUACAACCAUGUGGUCAAGGAUGCUGUUAGUCGCCCUAGCUGCCGUGGGCGUGGCGAUGGUGGCCGCCCAGUCGUCAGGCGAGCGUCUCCUGCUCAUCUACCAGCACGUGGACGCCGUGUGCCCCUGCGUGACCAGCAGAGUCUGCCCGAGAUAUUACGGUUCCUCCCCCUUCGACAUCCGCGAUUACGGCACCCUCCCGCCGUGCCGUCUGUACGGGCGCGUUCGCUGCUGUGACGCCCGUUCCAUCGAUGACUUAGUCGCUCAGGAAAUGCCUCAGGACGAAAUGCAAGGGUCGAGCGGGGCGGAGGGCGCGGCUCUUCCUUUCGGCUCCUUCCUCGGGAGCAACAACGCCUUCAGCAGCCUCCUCUCAGGGCCCUCCUUCUCGGGCUCCGUCUCGCACGCGGGGGCAGUCUCUCACACAGGCGCUGCAUUCAACUCAGGCUCAGCAUUCAACACAGGAUCAGCGAGUAACACAGGAUCUGCUUUUAACACAGGAUCAGCAUUUAACACAGGAUCUGCAAGCAACACUGGCUCUGCUUUUAACACAGGCUCUGCUUUUAACACAGGAUCAGCAAGCACUACUGGCUCUGCACUUAACACAGGCUCUGCUUUUAACACAGGCUCUUCAAGCAACACUGGCUCUGCUUUUAACACAGGAUCAGUAAGCAACACAGGAUCACACAGUCUGCUUUUAAACACAAGCACAGGAUCUGCACAACACUGGCUCUGCUUUAACACAGGAUCAACAACAGGCUCUGCUUUUAACACAGGCUCUGCAAGCAACACUGGCUCUGCUUUUAACACAGGCUCUGCAAGCAACACUGGCUCUGCUUUUAACACAGGCUCUGCUUUUAACACAGGAUCAGCAAGCAACACAGGAUCUGCAAGCAACACAGGCUCUGCUUUUAACACAGGAUCAACAAGCAACACAGGAUCAGCAAGCAACACAGGCUCUGCUUUUAACAUAGGCUCUGCAAGCAACACUGGUUCUGCUUUUAACACAGGCUCUGCAAGCAACACUGGCUCCGCUUUUAACACAGGCUCUGCUUUUAACACGGGAUCAGCAAGCAACACAGGAUCUGCAAGCAACACUGGCUCUGCUUUUAACACAGGCUCUGCAAGCAACACAGGCUCUGCUUUUAACACAGGAUCAGCAAGCACUACUGGCUCUGCACUUAACACAGGCUCUGCUUUUAACACAGGCUCUGCUUUUAACACAGGCUCUGCAAGCAACACUGGCUCUGCUUUUAACACAGGAUCAGCAAGCAACACUGGCUCUGCUUUUAACACAGGAUCAGCAAGCAACACAGGAUCUGCAAGCAACACAGGCUCUGCUUUUAACACAGGAUCAGCAAGCACUACUGGCUCUGCACUUAACACAGGCUCUGCUUUUAACACAGGCUCUGCAAGCAACACAGGCUCUGCUUUUAACACAGGAUCUGCAAGCAACACUGGCUCUGCUUUUAACACAGGAUCUGCAUUUAACACAGGAUCAGCAAGUAACACAGGAUCUGCAAGCAACACUGGCUCAGCACUUAACACAGGUUCAGCUCUCAAUGCAGGCUCAGCAUUUAAUGAAGGCACAGCAAGCAACACAGGCUCCACCAGUCAUUCAGGAUCAGUCAUCCAUACAGGGUCUGUCAUUCACACAGGAUCAAUCGGUAACUUGGGAUCAGCAGGUGGCACAGGCACCGCAUCAGAUGACAUAGAGACACUUGCCCCAGGGGAAGUCGGCAACGCAGGACCAGUGAUCGAUAUCGCAGCUUUGAUAAAUCAACUUCAGCAAGAUUCUUCAACAAAAGCACCAGGAAAUUUGGAACUGACAUCAUAUUUUAGUUCUGGCAGCGCCCAAACGACCAAUACUCAGCAAUCUGCCUUCGAAGGAAUCCCAUCAACGUCGACUUUGAUUCUCAACUACAGACCACUGAGCAGCGGCCUGUUAGCGGGGCAGAUUUCCGGAGAAGUGUCGACAUCUGCAUCCUCUCUGGACCAGUCCGAUAGUGUUCACGCAACCGUCGAAGAAACCGCUGCCAGUGCUACAGAAAGCUCCACCAGUUUGCUGAAUGAACAAAACCUAUCGCUGGCUUCAACCUCUGAUGCAGGCGGUUCCCAGUCUGAGAGUUCUGCGGCCUUUAUGGGAUCUGCUUCUUCAAAUACAGAGGGAUUAGAUGUUAUGUCGUCAGAUAUGAAGUCUGAAUCUGAAAUGGAUAAUGAUGAAUCUUCGACAGAUGAAGAUGAUUUUAAAUUGAAUGAUGACUCCAUAUCAGCCAUUAGCAGUAGUAUGUCUAGCAGCAGUUCCAGCAGUGAGAAAAUGAGUACCAGUAUGUCAAGUACUAGUAGUUUAUCCAGUGCCACUUUUGUCAGUUCCAGCUCAAGUAACGGUCAUUUAGACAACAGUGGUUCAGAGAAUACCAACUCUGGCAACAAUAAUCCAAACACAGUUAAUUCAAGCAGUAAUAGCAAGUACAGUAAUACCAGCUCAACCAGUAGCAGCACAACUAGCAGUAACUCCAGCAGUAUCAGCUCAGCCAGUAGCACUUCAAGUACCAGCACUUUAAGCAGUGGCAGUAACCCCAUCAGUAGCAGCUCUAGUAACAGUAACUUUAGCAGUAGCAGCUCCAGCUUUAGCAGUUCCAGCAGUAGCAGCUCAAGCAGUAGCAGCUACAAUAGUAGUAGUUCAUACAGUUCCAGUUCUGUUAGUGACAGCUCCAGCAAUGAAGACUCAGAGAGUGGAAUAGGUACAGACGGCAGCAGACUCAAUAAUAACACACAUGCUCCUGAUCCAAGAGUAAACAGUGAGAAUUCGGAUGACGAGUCCAGUGAUUCCAAUAGUCACAUCAUUGGUACUGAUUCAAGCAAUGAAGCAUCUGACAGCAGUGAAAGUCUUUCUAGAGAAAAUCCGCACCUUCAUGCCAAUACUUUCCCAGGAAGUGGUCAUACUAUACCCCAGAGCAACACAGACGGUAUUGUUUUGCCAUCGUUAAUACCGAGCAGACUACCAGAUGAUACCAAAAAUGGUGAGUCAGGCGUACCCCUCGGUGUAAGGGGUGUGGGGCCCCUAUCUGCACUUACUGGAUCUUCUGUUUCAUCAGAAUUUGCGUUUGGUCAUCCUUUGACAACAAAGGAAGUCAUAUCAAGCCUUGGGUGGAAUCCUUUCAAAAAGUUGACUCCUCCACCUACAUAUUUUGAAGAUUACAACGCCAUAUUCCCUCCAGCUUUUGGGUUCCAUCAUGAACCCGUGGCUCAGGGACCGUCAUUCGCAGUUGUUGGAACAGAGCUUCCUGGAAGUGAAUGGAGUCCAUUCCAGGGUUCUGUGGAAAGGCCGGGCGAAAAUAACAUUCGAGGGGGUAUCCUGACACAAGGCCUUCCUGUGUCAGGGUCAGCAUCUCCUAUUAAUGUCGUACAACUUCUGCAACGUGAAGAUUUCCGGCCACUGGUAGACGCUCUCGGGCUAGGAUCAGAGGACCUCGUUCACAUAGCGGCCUUACAAGACCCUGAUCUACUCCCUGAGGAUGACUACGACUCUAGGGUAGCUAUUUUGGAAUUUCUUCCACCUGGAGAAGUGGAGUUUAUGGAAACUGACUCUACUUUGCCACAGUUUCUAGGUGCACAGGAUAGCCACCAGAAUCCUGAUACCAUGCCAACCAUCAUAGAAACUCCCUUUGGCAAUUUUCUUGAAGGAACAGUUGUCCUGGACGAUGGGAAACCUGUAACAAGUCAAACGAUCGUCAUACAAGAUGGUGACGCAAGUGAAGUAGCCAAUAUGGGCAUUCCUUUCCCCCUUCUAAACCAAGAGUCAGGCAACCAGUUACCAUCUCUAGACCUCUCCUAUUUGCCACCAUCAUCUUCAUCAGCAACAACUUCUGACUUUAACUUCUUGCAACUUCCUACCAGUCAGGUCUCGUCUUUGGAUCUCUCCUAUCUGCCACCAUCUAGUGAGACUUCUCCAUCAACAGCAACUUCUGACUAUAAUUUCUUGCAAGUUCCUGCAUUUAUAGACUUUGCUAGUUCUCAGAGCACAUCAACACAGACAUCUGAAAAUCAGAGUUCUGAUUCACAAUCUGUCACUGCGUUGAAAGCCCAAGGACAAGAAAUGUCAUCCAUUGUAUCACAAACAGAAGUACAAGAAUCUUCAGAAAUGAAAGAAACCUCAGAAGCACAAGAGCUUUCUGAUUCAGAAAUACAAGAAACUUCUACCUCAGGGAUGCAGGGGACUUCGUUCUUUAUCUCGGAAAUACAGGAAAUGCCUUCAUCUACCUCAGAAGUCCAAGAAGUGUCAUCUUCAGGCAUUCAAGAAGGGUCAUCAUUUACUUCAGAAAUACAGGGAGCCUUGUCAUCUGCUUCAGAAUUACAAGAGACAUCGCAAACAUUACAAGUAGAAGCUUCAUCUACAGGCCAGCAAACACAAGCAGAAUAUUUUGCAAGUGCAAGUUCCACAGACAGUUCACUGUCACAUAGUGAACAAACGCUCCAGACUUUCACCGAGAAAGAGAAACCGUCGGGUGCAGUAUAUACUCUGAACUUUUCUUCCGCUGAUCUGAUUGCUCAGCAGUUCAGUUCUGCUUCGGCUCAUUACCAAGAGCAAGUCUCGUCCAACACUGAUCAUCAACCUUUUUCAUCCUCACUUGCUGCAAUCGAUCAGCAAUCUGUCGGAAGUCUAGAUGUUUCAAAGGAACCAUUUGCCUCUGAAAGCGAAGCGGUAAAUUCUAUGGCCCAAACUCAGGAGGAUGAGCUUAUGCUACAAGAGCCAUUAGAGUCUGUUGAGGUAAAUCCUUCACCACAAUUUUCUCCUUUUCAUCCUCCCGCUGAUGUAGUGUUAGUGGAUGACGACCUCUCAUUAUUAUUCGAAGAAUUACCAGUAAGUGCUGAUGGCAUUAUUCUCGGGCCAGAGGGACCACCAGAUCUCUUUACUCUCGUUGGAGACGACAGGCCGAUAUCAUCCGAGGCCCCUUUCAUCAUGCCUCCUGAAACCCCACUGAAGCUGUCGAACAUCAUGCCCGUUCUCCCCUUUGACGACGGCACUCCCUCUGCUCCCGAGCCUUUUUCAGACAUUCCACCGCUGCCGCUGCAAGACGAGGAAGUGGACGAUGCAGAUAAAUCUAAUGUGGCGCCGUGUAUGCCCACUGACAUGUGCUAUCGUCAGUUUGGUGACCACUCCUUGGACGAGUGUGCUUAUGGACAACAACCUGCUUGCCAUGAAGGGUAUGUUCCCUGUCUGGAUAACUAUACCGGCCAUGUUGAACUCAGCUGCUUUGAGUAUGCCACGCCGCUUAGCACAUUCACAGAAGUAAAUAUCAGCGGCUCCACUGAACAAGAACAAGAUUCAGCGCCCACAGAAGUAUCACAGAAUUCGCAGACAUUGGCCAGUGAGAGUAGUGACAUGGGAAGCUUUUCCUCCUCCGAGGGGUAUAGUUACACACCAGGCUCUGCAGCUGAGGAAGUUCAAAUCAGCAGUCAGAAUGCAGCUCUUGACGGCAUUUUUAACAUCGAGUGUGUCGCCAUCGGGCACUGCAGCCGUCGCUAUGGGUCCUCUCUCACAGACAUAACCGAGUAUGGUUUUCUGGAAAUAUGUCCUGCUGGGAUGGUCCGUUGUCUUGAUGACGUCACCACUUCAUCUGCGACCACCACAGAGACAGGCAGCAGCACAGACAUUGGUCAUCAACCCCAGGGUGGUUCCCAGGCUGCUUACAACUAUCAACAAACAUCCUUCGAGAGUUUCCUGAGUCAAGACCAAUCAUUGCAAGAAGUGGCUCAGGAAGUUCAACAGUUUACUCAACAGCAAGAAGACGUAGAACAUCAAGAGCAUAAUCCACAACAUUCUCAACAACAGCAGACCCAACAUUAUUCACAGUCUCAGCAACAAGGAACACAACAACAGAUUUCUCAGCAGCAAUAUAACCAACAACAAACGCAACAAGGAGGUCAGCAACAAUAUUAUCAGCAACGACCAUACCAACAACAGAAUUCACAACAACAAAACCAACAAUAUUCACAACAUCAAAGCCAACAGCAUUCUCAGCAGCAACAAGCUCAGCAAUACUCACAACACGGACAGGUGCAACAACAGCAUUACCACCACAACCCCACUCACAACUUUCCAGCGCAGCCCCAGACCACCACAACCAACCCGACCACUCAGCAGAGCCAUACCAGCGUCAGCCCCCAGACUCAACCCACCUCUCACUACAACAGUCACUACCAGACGACCCACCAGAGCAGUUCCCAACCCACUGCCCAGCACAGUUCCCAUCACCAAAGUCAAGCCUCCUCGUUUCAUCCUCAGCACCCAUUCCCAUUCUCAGGCGGUUCCUAUUCCUACCAUUCCUACCAGACGCCGAAUUCCUACGUGUACCAUUACUACCCGUCCCGCCCCACCGGCAGAGAGAACAACCAGCCUACCAGCCAACCUUCACCUUCACCUUCACCCAGACUGUGGGAUCUCUCCAUCGCCGGGAAAUUGAAAAAACUCGAGAAAUUCAAGAACCCUUUUCAGUUCUCCCUCUUCGGCUGAGUGAAGCACCUGCGAUAUUCGGGCAUUUUAUGGUGUGAUGUUCCUGCUCCACAGAAUGAUGUUGCAUCUAUUCCUAAUGUGUGAUAUUCUUUUUAUAUAUAUGUGUACUACUGUAUGUGAUGUGCUAUAUUCAUGAUUUUAGGUUAAGGAUCUUAAUAAAGAUUUAU